AACACUCACACCAAAAGAAGAUGGUUUCGUUUCGCUUCCCUUUCUCGUUUUCUCAGCCCCCGCGUGCCACGUCGUCAUUCUCCGGUUUCUCCAUUUCCGCUGUCGCUGUCUCCGUCACCGUUGGCGCCGCAGCCGCCGGAGCUGCGAUCGCGGCGUCGCGGAAUCCCAAUCAUCCGAUUGUGGAGUGGGCCUUAUCCUCUCACCGUUCGUCUCUGUUACCAUGGGGAUCUAUAACUCUAGCAGACUCUACCCCCGAAUCCGUUGUUGAACCUAAGACAGGUUUCUCGUUUCCCGCUUCAAUUGGAGAUUCCCGGCGAUUACUCGGCGUCGGCCUGAGGAAGAAGAGCUUACUGGGAUUGAAGAACAUCGAUGUCUACGCCUUCGGCGUGUAUGCUGAUUGUGAUGAUGUGAAGAAACUUGUGGGAGACAAGUACGCAAAUCUUCCAGCUUCGGAGAUCAGGGGAAACAAGGCAUUCAUGGAUGAUCUCAUGGAAUCCGAUAUUAAGAUGACUAUAAGGCUGCAGAUUGUCUACGGCAAACUCAACAUCCGAUCCGUGCGCAAUGCUUUUCAAGAAUCUGUUGGAAACAGACUCAAGAAGUUCGGUGGCUCAGACAACAACGAGUUGCUUCAAAGCUUCACUAGCCUCUUCAAAGAUGAGUACAAGAUCCCAAGAAACUCCACCAUUGAUUUGACAAAAGAACCAGGUCAUGUACUCUGCGUUGCAAUUGAGGGAAACCACGUGGGGAGUGUGCAGAGCCAACUCUUGUGUAGAUCAAUCUUAGACUUGUACAUUGGUGAAGAACCGUUUGAUAAGAAUGCAAGAGAAGAUUUUCUAGACAAUGCAGCUUCUCUAGCUUUCGACAACUAGUUCACAAGAAGAAGAAAAACAAUGUUGCUAUCUUUCUUAAACGGAUUCUCUAUAUAUACGGCAUAUUGUUGAGGAAUGUAUUUGAAAUAAAUUGCUUGGAGAAAU